UUUGCUACAACCAACAGCAGAUAAUUCAAAUAUGAAUGGCUAUAGUCGCAAGUCACCAUCAAAGCGUCGCUAUGAGGGUUCCAAGUAUCCAGCCUUGCCAAAGAAGAAGCCACGUACGGGCAAGGAGCGUGUACCGCAACCGAAGAAUACCGUCGCCAUGCUGAAUGAGCUGCGUCAUGGUUUGGUUUAUAAAUUGGAGUCGCAAACUGGGCCGGUGCAUGCACCGCUAUUCACCAUUUCCGUUGAGGUGGAUGGACAAAAGUAUAUGGGUCAGGGUCGCAGCAAGAAGAUCGCCCGCAUCGAGGCAGCCGCUACGGCGUUACGCAGUUUCAUACAAUUCAAAGAUGGUGCCGUCUUGACGCCGCUGAAGCCGACUUGUAAUCUUGAUUUCACUAGCGAUGAGCAUCUGGAAAACGGUAUUGCUAAUUAUGACAAACUAAGCACGGAUGAAUUAGUCUCGCUUUUAGACGCACUGUUCAGGCAUGCGAAAUUUGUUAAAAAACUGACACCCUUCAUGAAGGUUUCCGAUUGUACAUUGAGCAUGACAAAUGUAAAUAAGAGCGCCAUUACUGUGGAUGGCCAGAAGAAAGUGCCGGACAAGGGACCUGUUAUGCUACUCUAUGAGCUCUUCAACGACGUACACUUCGAUUGCUCAACAGUGGAUGGAGCACAGAAUAAUUGUCGUUUCAAAAUGACUGUAACGGUGAAUAAUAGCAAAUUCGAUGGCACAGGUCCUUCAAAGAAGUUGGCCAAGAAUGCAGCUGCCAAGGCUGCUUUAGCUUCGCUAUGCAACAUUUCGUACAGUCCAAUGAUGCAUCCACAAAAGAAUGUGCCAUUGCCGAUCGAUGAUAAGACAUCGUCCAUGGAAUUGCCACAAAUACACGCUGACACUAUUGGUCGCUUGGUAUUGGAGAAAUUCAUGGAGGUCAUCAAGGGACAGGAAUCGUAUUCGCGCCGCAAAGUCUUGGCUGGCAUUGUAAUGACCGAAGAUAUGAAUUUCAGUGAAGCCAAAGUAAUUUCCGUGUCCACUGGCACCAAAUGUGUGAGCGGCGAACACAUGAGUGUCACUGGCGCUGUGCUCAACGAUUCGCAUGCUGAGAUCGUCUCUCGGCGUUGUCUAAUGAAAUAUUUAUAUGCUCAAUUGGAUCUACAAUGCAGUCAGGCCACUGCAAAUCAGUCGAUUUUCGUGAGGAAUCAAGACAAUGGGCAAUACCCGUACAAACUAAAAUCCGGUGUUCAUUUCCAUUUGUACAUCAAUACAGCGCCUUGUGGUGAUGCACGGAUUUUUAGUCCUCACGAAAAUGACACUGGUGUUGACAAACAUCCAAAUAGAAAGGCGCGUGGUCAAUUGCGUACGAAAAUCGAAUCGGGUGAGGGGACUAUACCGGUAAAAAGCAAAGAGGGCCUACAAACAUGGGACGGUGUAUUGCAGGGCGAACGUCUACUGACCAUGUCCUGCUCCGACAAGAUUGCUCGCUGGAAUAUCGUUGGCAUACAGGGAUCUCUGCUGGCCUCCAUUGUCGAGCCAAUUUACUUGCAUUCCAUAGUGUUGGGCAGCUUGUUGCAUCCAGAGCACAUGUAUCGUGCCGUUUGCGGCCGAAUAGAGAAAUCCAUACAAGGUCUUCCGCCGCCCUAUCAUCUGAAUAAACCACGCUUGGCGUUGGUCACCUCCGCUGAGCCUCGCAAUCAGGCUAAGGCACCGAAUUUCGGCAUCAAUUGGACAAUUGGCGACAGUGAGGUCGAGGUGGUGAAUUCACUUACCGGUAAAACGGUAAAUAACCAAAUAUCGCGCAUAACCAAGCAAAUGUACUUCAUGAAGUAUGGCUAUUUGAUGAAAAAUUUACCGGGCAUACCAAAUCGCAAGCUGACUACCGAUUACGGGCAAACAAAGGAGAGGGUUAAGGACUACCAGAUUGCCAAGAAAGAGUUAUUUGCGGCUUUUCGACGCGAAGACCUGGGCAGCUGGCUGAAAAAACCAAUGGAACAAGAUCAAUUUGCGCUUCCGGAAUGACUCCGUUGUCAUCGUUUUGUUAAUGAAGAGAAAAUAUUCGACAGUCAAUGACUUGAAUAAUGAUGAGCAAUUCAAAUGGUUAAUGAAACGAAAUAAAAAUAAUCAUAAUUUAUAUGCUGAUGAACUAAAUGAAACAAUACAAAUACAAAUGUUAACAUUUCAACGUAUGAAUAGCUUUGAACCGAAUAUUAAGUGGAAGGCUAUAGGUAGCGAUAGAGGUAUUCAGCAUGGUAAAGUAGGAGAUAUAAAAAAUUAUAAUGCUGGUGGUAACGAAGAGUUGUUACAGAAUGCGGUUAUGAAAGAACGAAAUUUAAAUUUAAUAAAAUUUGUUUCUAAAAUAAAGCUUAACAUGAAUAAUUGCUCUAGAAUAUUUCUAGAAUAGAAUGUAGCUAAUAUGCUGGAACUAAGUAAAGCAAGUAUUAUGGCGUUUUAGUCUGAAUCAAAAACAAACGAAUACACAUACACAUACAAACACACACAUACAUACAUACAUACAUUCUAUAUCAUCAAACAAAAAUAACUCCCCUUAAAAUAUGCUUAUUAAGGAAAGUAUCGCUACUCCACUGUAAAAUGGUGAGAACCAGCUCAUGAAAGACUCUUAAAAGAGGUAAACCUGUAAACAAAAAUUGAUUAGUUGGUUUAACAAAUCGAUCGUUAAGCAGGAAAAUAUUCGCGGUUGCUCGCCUAGCUUAACUCGCCUAUAAGAGCGAUUAAGAAAUGUCAGCUUUCUUUUAAUUAGUAUUUCGAAAGACAGAAAAGAUAUGUAGCUUGCCAGAAUUACCAAUUGUCUUUCGAAAGACUGUGGUGAGUUGAAAAACAGUUGCCAUAAUUGCCCUGUAAGACUCACAAUUUGUAUUCCAUGUACAGGGUGACAAAAAAUAACGGGGUUGCCUCCCUUGGCACCAACACAGAGCUUUAAAACUUCGGUAAAAUAUCGAAAUCAGAUGGCAUUCACGGCGUAGUGAUCCAUGGGCAUCACAUCUGGUGACUACGCUGGCUACUCUGCAGCUGUGAUAACUUUCGGAAAUUUUUCUUUGCAAUUGUGUUGAUCUUCUGCUGCCCUAUGAGCAGGAGCGGAGGCCUGUUGGAAUGUCCAUUCAUGUUCACUAAAAUGUUCUUGGGCCACGGUAAACUUUCCUAUCGAUUUUAAGCAUUGAUCCACCAAAAUGAGAGGUGUUUUGCCGGAUGCACGGAAGUUGGAUUUAAGCAGUCUCCGAUGACUACGAUGACGACUACGGGUUUUAAUUUUGACAGUUGUCUUGACGCUUGAACGACUUCUACCUGGUUAAAGUUUGUGCCCGUUUUCAUCCCAAAUUUUAUUUUACCUCAUUUAUUUAUAUAAAAUUUAUAAAUAUUUAAAAUUUUAUUUUCUGCCUCCAAUUUAUUUUAUUUUUAUUUUUUAUAUUGUUUUCUUCCAGAUUUACAUACUAUGUGUUAUAUGUAAUGCGUGUGCCUAUAAGAACGAAUGACUUGGUAAUGGAUUUAGUGAUUUAGCUGCGUGAGAGUAUUAGUUCCAGUAAAGAAGCAAAAAACAAAAAACAAAAAAGAACUUAAAAAUCAUAUCAUCCAAUUUCCUCAACAAUGGCGGACAUACACAUUAGUUAAUAUGUAUUUCAAGCGAAUUUUUAUUUUUUAAGACAAAACUCGGACUUCUUCUAUAGUUGACAUACAUAUGUACGUUCUUAGUACGUCUUUCAUUUUCAAUUGCUUAUUCUAAUAUUUAGCUUUUUAUUAAGUUUACUUUCCAUACAAUAUGUUACUGGGUCGUUUGCAUUAUUUUUAUUUACUUUUAUUUUACUAAAUUGUGCGAAAUUUAGUUGUAAUUGACAAUUCAAUUGACAAACCUAAAAACACCAAAACAAACCACUCUGGUAUUGGUUUUAUUUUGACAUAUUUAAAAAAAAAAAAAAAAAAA